AUGUACGGCAAGUGUGGUGCCGUGCAGUCGGCACGGAUCGUCUUUGAUAGCAUCGCCCACAAGGAUAUUUUUUCCUGGAAUCUUAUGCUCGGCGCAUAUACCCGCAACGGGGAUCUGGACGCCGCAAAAGUGCUCUUUGAUAACAUGCCCGACAGAGAUCAUGUCUCCUCAAACACACUUAUAGCGGCAUUCUCCAAGUCCGGCAAGGUAGAUCACGCGGCAGAUUUGUUCGCGGCAAUGCCCGAUAAGAAUGUCGUGUCUUGGAAUUCGAUACUUGCAGCAUAUGCCCAGAAUGGGAAUCUUGCGGCCGCCAAACAAACGUUUGACUCCAUGCCCGAAAAGGAUCUUGUUUCCUGGAACACAAUCGUGGCGGCGAGUGCUCAAGCCGGGAAUCUAGAACUUGCAAAGGAUUUGUUCGAUCGGAUGCCCCAGCAUGAUCUAGUCAGCUUCAAUGCCAUGCUCGACGCAUUUGCCCGAAACGGGCAUCUGGCAGACGCUUACGCCCUUUUCCACGGGGAAAUGCUCUCCCGCGAGAGGAAUAUCAUCUCCUGGAACGCGAUGCUGGCUGCAAUGGACACUCCGGAGCGUGCAAAGGCGCUGUUCGAUCGAAUCCCUGCGCACGAUUGCUUCUCCUGGAACUCGCUCCUUUCAGUGUAUGGAUCUUCGCGGCUUGUGGAUGCUGCCAUGGAAAUCUUCGAGCUCUUGAUGCCGGAGUGGAAUCUCGUAUCAUGGAAUUCUCUCUUAUCAGCAAUGGCAGAUCGUCGAGAAGAUCGCGAAAGAAAUCUUUGA